UUCCUUCUCGGCUCGAGGAAGUGGAUUAAAGAUCGAUCCAAACGAGGCGAUCACGUUUUUGCGCUCCAACGUGGAGAUUCUUUCAAGUGACUGACGUCGUCACCGCUCACCGCUCAACGCGCCGGCUGCCUCGGCUUUGGUUCCGGACCAGGGCCUGCACGGUGUGGAUGGUCGUAUGUGUGUCAGCACACCACACCACACCACACCACACAAACAACCAAGUGCCAAACAAAUCCGCAAAGCAGCUGAAGGAGAUUGGCUGUUCUCAGGAAAAGCGCGGGAAAGCAAGAGAGGAAAAGUUAACGUGUUUACGUGAUAGGUGCCAAAAGUGGAAGAAAUAAAAGAUAAAAAAAGAAAAAAGUGAAGCCACUUACGCUGUGCGACAGCGAGUGAGAGUGAGCGAGGGGAGUGGAAAGGAAAAGUUUCGAAAAACAGUGAACUCAUCUCGAGCUUGUGGCAUGCAAAUUGAUACGACGAAUUUCCGCCCGUUUGAAAGUGGAUACGCAUCGGGAGGAUUUUCGCGAAUCCGGACACACACACAAGAUGUCUCAGAGCUUAUGGCGUCGCCAUUGAGCACCGGCGUCCGUUAGUGUGUUAGUUUUGGUGCGAAUGAGAGACAAACACGACAUUUUAGUCCCACGAACCAGAAGAAGAUCCGCGCCGGCAGUCAGCAGUGUGCAAUGCAUUCUGGGACUGUCGAGAAGUGUUCCAUGGAAGUACUAAAUAAUCUACUGCGUCGAAAUGCUGCUUGUUUACGGUGCUACAAUUUCGGUGUAAAACGGUUGGCAGCGGUGGUGGCAAAAUGAAAGUAUUUGUAGUGCUAAUUAACCUGGUGUUGUGCUUCAGUUUGGCCUAUCAGCAAGUGGAAACCAGAACCGACAGUGACGAAAGCUGGGGGCCAGGCCAGUACGACGAAGGGGGUCUUUACGGCGGGCACCGGAAUGAACACUCGAGAAAAUCUGUCGCGGCUCUGUUGGCACACGAUGGAAGUGAAAUUUUCCCGCCCAUGUCGAACGAUGGCCCACUGUACGGUGCAUCGUCGAAGAUACAACAGCAAAAUCAGCAACAGUACGGUGUACCGAGCUACCGCAAACAACCCGCACCGCGGUCCCAGAGUCCCAGCUUCGAUCCACGGGACGGAACACCGUACACGAGAGAGGUAGCGGUGAAGCAGGGCCGGCUUAAGGGCAUCGUCCGGGUCAUGCAUCCGCAGUCCGGACUGAAGAACGUCGACCAAUAUCUGGGCAUUCCGUACGCGGAAGCGCCCGUCGGGUCGAGACGGUUCAUGCCACCGGGGGCACCGGUUCCGUGGACCGGGCUCAAGAUGGCCAUCAAAAUGUCGCCCGUUUGCCCGCAGAAUCUGCCCACCUUGAAUAAUGUAAAUAACAACUACUCGAAAGGCAGAUACGAUCAGCUGAAAAGACUGCUUCCAUAUCUAAAGGUUGAGAGCGAAGACUGUUUAUAUUUAAAUUUGUACGUGCCGAGCUACGAUGGGAUUGGACCGCACGCAAAGUAUCCAGUAAUUGUGUAUAUCCAUGGUGAAUCGUACGAGUGGAACAGCGGCAAUCCGUACGACGGCUCAAUCCUGGCCAGUUACGGCCGGGUCAUCGUGGUAACCCUCAACUUCCGACUGGGCAUUCUGGGUUUUAUGAAGCCCGGCAUUAGUGACCACACGACGAGCAAUUUCGGUUUGCUGGAUCAAAUUGCGGCAUUGCAAUGGAUAAAGGAAAAUAUUGGCGCAUUUGGUGGCGACAACAAACUGGUAACGGUGAUGGGCCACGGGACGGGUGCGGCUUGUGUCAACUUUCUGAUGGUUUCACCUGUUGCCAAGGGGCUUUUCCAUCGUGCCAUCCUGCUGUCUGGCUCGGCACUGUCCGAUUGGGCACUCACCCAGCAUCCGCUGCAGUCGACGAUGCAGGUGCUGCAAGGUCUCAACUGCCCACUGAACGGUGACAACGACGAGGUGGCGGCCUGUUUACGACGGAAGCGAUACAGCGAAAUUCUGAACGUGAAAAUAGCCUCACCACAAUUUUCGACCCGCUUCGGACCGAUUGUUGAUGGAUUGGUCAUUCCAAACACACCCCACAAAGUGAUGGGCCAGUAUAGUGACAUAUUUAGUGGGUACGACCUGCUGUACGGGAUGACGGAGCUGGAGUCGUACAAUGUCCUGAACGCGGUGGCCCUCACCUACGGGCUGCUAGAAAACGAACGGGACAAUUUACUGCGGUUCUACAUGCAAAAUCGGUUCGAGAUACGCCCAGACCUGGCACUGGCCGCCACCCUUAAUGAAUACACCGGGAUACUCACUGAUCCGAACAAAUCGCUCGCAGAUAUUCAUCGGGACACGUUGUUGGACAUCUUAUCCGAUGCACGUGUUGCCGCGCCGAUGCUGCAAACCGGGCUGUACCUGGCCAAGGUCAACCCCAAGUGCUACAUGUACGUGUUUGCACACAACAGCGAAGCCGGCGAGUACGGGAGGCUUUCCCAGAGUGUCGUCGGCGAAGAUCUGGCGUAUGUGUUUGGGGCUCCACUGGGACCAGUGGGACCAUUCCAGACCCAUUACAACGCGAGGGAGAGGCUCUUUUCGGAGGCGGUAAUGAAGUACUUUUCCAACUUUGCACAAACAGGAAACCCUAAAGCUCCCUGGAAGGAUUUGUUCCUCAAUUUAAAUCCGGAGGACUGGCGCUACUUUGACGUUGAUUGGCCAGAAUUUAACAGCGUGAAUCAAAGUUUUCUACACCUUGGUUUGACACCGGUUGUCAGCCGUCACUAUCGCCAGCAGUACAUGAAGUUCUGGAACCAAAAGCUGCCAGAAGAGCUGAAGCGAAUCACUACAUCAAAACCAUACUCACCGUAUUCGGAGUUCAUAAGUCCACCGGAUCGUCGCAUGACGACGUCUAAUCCAGAGUUUGUAACUGGACACAUAAAUUUGUUUCCGAUAAAGGUCGACAUCGAGAGACCUACCGAAGAUCCAUUCAAAGCACUUGUGUACAAAAUGAAAGACGCCCAAGUGGGUGCUCCGGCUCCGGCUGCAGUUGGAAUGCCGGCAGAAGCGCCCGCAAAAGAAGCUCCCAAACCAGCCAAUGUGGAGCAAGAAUCGGAAAAUUCCGAAAUGAUGAAAACUGAAGCGUCUCUCACGCUGUUGAUAGCGGUGGCAAUUGUGUUUUUAUUGUUUAAUAUUUUCGUAAUUGUUGGGUAUGUCAUCAAACGCAAUGUUGGGAAUAAGAAGGUGAAAAGGAAGUUUGAUGAUAACAUCCUGGAGAGCGCUGCAUCAAUGAACGAAAAACGAUCGAAACUCAACGAGACCGAAGAGAGUUAUAUUUUAGAUAUGAUGCGAAAAACGAAUCCAUACGAGGCAGUAGUGAAAGGCAAUAAUUUCACGCUGCAGCGCCAGUUCAGUGAAGAUACUGUGGAUUCUCAUACGAAAGUUUGCGACUGGAUUGCGCAAGAUUACGGCGCUGGUUGUCCAAAUCAAACCCAGUGCGAAGGGCUCGGAUCGAUUCCGUCGUGUAACGCGGCCACUCUGAAUGUGCCUCACAAGAUAAGCGUUGCAAUUGACGCCACACCUCAGGCAAGAAGUAACAGCGUUUUGCGUCAGGAACCAAUCGAAAUAACGAAAGCCAAGUCCUUCGAAUAUGCAUCGCCAAAUGAUUAUGAUGAAAGUGUUAGCCAAGACUCUCCGACUGACUCCGACAUGCGACAACAGUGCUCAAGCUCAGGAUCGUCCUAUUCCUACAACGAUUGCGACUACAAAAUCGAACCCUUACUGUCCAAAUCCGACGCGAACCCGGUUUAUAAUAAUUAUCCGUACCAAACAACAGAAGAUGUAACGAGUUUUAUUGAACCGGGAGAUAUCAACGUAACCUCGAGAGAAAAGAGCCAAGAAAAAGAUCCGCUGUCCCCAGAGGAAGCGUUGAAAGUAAUUCAAAGAAGAAAUUUUCCCAAAGUACUUCCGGAUUAUCCGAACGGAGUCGCUGGCAUUACAGCUUCCAUGAAGCGGCGAUCUUUGCCUCCGCAAGCUUUCAUGCUUACAAAUUCCCACAGUUUGCGGAGGGAAGGCAAUCGCCUCAUUCCGGCACCACCACCCCGAAUCUCAUCGACCCUGGGAAGGAGAUCUUCCAAGCACCGAUCCAGCAACAAUUUCCUUAGUUCUCCACCAGUGAUGGCCGAAGAGCCACCCAUUGAGGAGGAGCCACCGAUAACACUCAACACACUACACGUGGGGCCUUUGCUUCCGAAGCACCAGGAAAACACCUACAUGACCAUGUCCCGACAAAAUUCAGCCGAAACAGACCAAGAAGCACCGAGUGAAGAACCAGCUGUCGACAUUAUUUGUAUCGAGCACAAGCCCGAAAGUCAUUACAGCUACAUUAAGCCACCCAGUAUGAUAAAACUUCCGUCGUCGUUCAAAGCAUCCCCACCGAAAGAACUGGCACGGUCGGAGAGUCAGGAGAUGUCCCGGCAUCAGCCGGUUAUGCGUUCCAGCAGUACCACCAUGCAUCGGGAGCUAAGCACCGAGUCAUCGGCCACCGAUACAACUUCCGGGUCAACUGGCACGAUAAAAAAGAUUUAGAGAUAAUCCGUCACUACAAAUGAGUGCACUUAAUUUUAUUCUGACACCAGAACAUUUGUGUAUACAUCACCGGAUUCAUUAUAUUUAUACACAUUGCAAAGUAUUUAUUUAUCUAAGCCACCUUCCCUUCCUCGUCCAUACCGAUAUAAUUCCGAUCAAUCUAUUUAUUUUAAAACUGCAGCUCGUACUAGUAUGAAACUCAACGUCCCAAAGUCAGCGAUGUAACAUUAUUUGGGUUUGAUGUCAGCGAUCGGCAAUCAGGAUGAUUACUUUUAUAAAGUUGUAAACACUGAAAACACACACACACACACAUACACUACACUCGACUACUAAAGAAUAGUUGUAAUGCUGGAAUAAACAAACCGUAAUGGGAUUUUAAAGUAAAA